UAUCCGUGUCUGAAAUGAAUUUUUUAACGUUAGGUUGAGAAGGGUUUAGUUGACUGUAGCAAAGUUCUCAACAAAUUCUGAUAUAAAAAUGAAAAAUACCGUUUUCAACGAAAAUCAGGCAAUGAUCAAAAUUUUCUUGGAACGUAGUCGGGAGUUAAGCAAAUGUGCAAAAUGCAACAAUUUACUUCAUGACCCUGUGAAAGCUAUGUGUGGGCAUUUUUUUUGUCGAACCUGCAUUUUUGAGGAAACUCACAGUCAUACAAAUUCUAUGCAGAUUCAGUCAUGCUGUGUUUUUUGCCAAGGCGUGUGCUCAGACAGUUGUGUUGAAGAGGUCAGUUUGAAGAUUAGCACACUCUCUUCUUGUCUUCUUCAGUUUGUGAAAGACUUUUGUGCUGAGGGAGGCGUUACAGUUGCUGGUUCAGUUGACCUAAAACAGAGCUCAGCAACACAGCUGUUAAUUCCUACGGAAAAAAAUCUACAUUCUCAAGAAGAAAAUCCAGCAAUGGAAGCUGAGAGUUGCAGUGGCUCAAUACUCAUCUCUGGCUUAUCACCUUCAGAAUCAACUGGCCAUAGCACUCCACAACCAAUACAGAAAGUUGAUCAAUGGCUAAUGACUUACCCAGAUGAAAGUCCAUUAACUAUCCACAAGAAGAAAGAUUGUGAAAAUGGCGUUAGCUUUAAAAAUUCUGAAACGCGUUCUUGUCAGUCCCUGAAAGUAUCAUCGCCAUAUUUGACCUCGUCAUCAAAUGGUAACGAACUAUCUUACGACAUUGUUUCAGCCCCCAGUCCACCACCACCAUGCGAAGGCAUCGAUCAUCAGAUUAAACGAGGACGACCACGGCGUGGAAGGGGCCGCCCAAGGAAAAAUGCCUUGCCAAUUAGUACGGGGGAAAAUUUAUCGAAUAAACGCGACCGUUCGAGCAGCAUUACGCCAGAACUAAAAGUGUCAGGUAUCAAAACACCUAUUUCACAUCCCAACAUUUCCGAAGAAAUAGAUGAAGCUGUUACGCCCAAGUGCACGAAAUCUGUCACCACUAAAUUGCCUUCUUCUGUGUUUCCCGUAUCGAAAGAUAACCGAAUUUAUCUACCCAAAGGCUUACUUUAUAACGAAACAAGCAUGAUGCAAGACGAAACAAGACAUGUUCUUGUUGAUACCGGCGUUUCAUCAAAUCAAAAAAAUUUUGAGAAAACAGUGGAUGGUUUUGAUAGAGAAUGUACCCAUGGGGAAUGCUCAACAGCAAACCGCGAAGAUACAUUAAUUCCGGAAUCAUUUACACCGAAUGGAUUAAACCAUCACCUACUACUUUUAACAGUUACUCCGAGUCCUGAGCCUGAAAAUUCCAAUUUGGCUAUAGCGGUAGCUCAUCAUCGGAUACCAGUUUGUCGUCCUAAAACGCAGAACCUUACAACUUUCGCAACAAAUAACUGUUACACGUCUACCGAGAAAUUACGGAAUCACGAUCCGUUUGCCGUAUGUACCGGUAAACGGCGCACUGUGAGUUUUGUUUGUAAAGGCCGGAUCACCCCUAGGAUAUCAGUUCAUUCAUUAAAAAAACAACCGGUCGUCUUUACCCGUUUGGGGAAAUUGGGUCCUAUUCUUGACAAGACGACAGCACAACUCCCCUUUUUAGAUGACCCGGGUGUUGACUCACAGAAAAUGGCCUGUUCUCAGAAUACUCAAACCCCUUGCUCAUCAUUUGUCUCACUAGCUUCAGUUGCGACUCAAACAGAAGCGACUGAAGGUCCAUGGUUGACUACGGAAGUACAAUCACAAGCUAGCUUGACGAGUCAAUGCCAAGUAAAUGCCCUUUCGCAUAAUGCGUUACAUAUGGGUGAGCUUCCAGUAUCAUCUGGUAAACAAGCGCUAAAGGAAGAAAAUGACGGAAAUUUUAGCAGAAAAUUGUCAGAUGAAGGUAGUGAAAAUAUGCUCGCCGAGGCAUUUAAGCGGACCAGAAGUUUGUCAUUGAGUGACAAUGAAAAGGACAUGGCGGAACGAAAACGGAGAAAACCCUCGGCUCUAGGUUUCGGCAACGCAGAUCCAGUUUCGUUAAUGGCACUAUCUUUGGAACCAAGUCCUAGACUAGCGAAGGAAGUGCGUCAACAAUCACCUGAGUUGGAUACGAGUGAAAUUGCAGCCUGCAAAACUGUGGUGAUGGAGAGUGAUCCAGAUUCGGACGAAGAGGAUAUUCUUAAAUCUACCCCCCCUCGCUCCGCUCCAUCAAAUCCAACCUACUGCAAACGCAAAGUUAUCACUUGUUCCGGGAUUCCGCGGUCGGUGGUCAAAUUGGUUGAAGAUUGGGCGCAGAGGGUUGGGGCUGAAGUAUCGCAAACGUAUAACUCUUCCGUUACGCAUGUGAUUGUUAACGUGGAUGAAGAAAACUGUGCGCAGCGAACUCUAAAGUUCUUAUAUGGCGUCGCUAGCGGUAUUUGGAUUGUGGGAGUCGACUGGGUUCAUAAGUGCAUCCGUGAAAAUAGAAUGUUAGACGAAACGCCAUUUGAAGCAUUGGAUAUGGAUGGAGAAGAAGGUCCUCGCCGAGCUAGACAAACUAGUCAAAGGGAAAAGUUGUUCGAAGCUUUCGAGUUUUGCUGCCAAGGGCCAUUUACGGAUGUGACGGUUGAUCAGCUUAAUCAGCUGUUGCAUUUAUGUGGUGCAGCCACUGUGCCUAGUCCGUCGCAACUAACAAAAAGACGGCUAUAUACGAUGAUUGUUGUCCAGACUGAAGAUGACGUCAACGUGGAAAUUGAACGUAAAGCGGCCGAUUGGUUCAAUAGGCACAAAGUAGUUAGCGUUUCCCGCGAAUGGGUCUUAGAUUGCUUGGCCGCCUAUCAACUUCUUCCAGUACUCAACCAAUUCAUAGGUAAAUACUCUGUUUCAGCGCUGAAGAUGAUGGGAUUUGAUGCACGCCUUGGGGUCCACUGACCUCUUGUCUGUCCCGAUGCUCAGCAUUAUUUAGUAGUCCAUCAAGCAGACAUUUUGUGUUUAUUUCUGUAGAAGAAUAGAUUUUUGCCUUUAAGUUUUUUUAAUUC